GGGCCAAUUGACCCAACAUUUAUCCAACCCUAAGUCACACAUGUUCUCGCAGCAGCUUGUUAACGAGUAAUAAUGACCGAAGCUCCCAUCUCCUCUCACUUUGAACUCUGAACCCUAAAUUAAAACACUUGCUUCACCAUCCAUCUAAACCUACUCCCAAUUUUCACUCCGAUCGCGGCACAUAAAGAUUCCAAUUUCAUCACUUUCGCAUCCGACAAUUACUUUUCCAUCUCUUCCAGGAGAGAUUGGAGUCAUUAUAAAGUUAAAUUUGAGGCAGUGAUUCUAUUUAAGUUGAAGGGUAUCAAGUAUUUGCAGAUUUUAUAUUUUGUUGGUCAGCCUCCACGAUGGCUGUUCAUACAAAAUAUCGUCUCAUUACUUACUCACCGGAGAUUGUAGAUGGGAAGCCUAUUUUUGUUUCGUCGAAUUGUCUACCGGCUAAGGCGUUGAAAUAUGAGCCGGCAGGUCAUUCUUUUCAUUCUGCUGCACUUAAACUUAUGGGUGUUAAUGAAGAAAAAGAUAACAAAGAUGAUAAUAAGAAAGUGGUUGGCGAUAAGGAACAAGCUUAUUUGCCAACUGAUUCUUAUAGCAGCAAGAGCAAAAAGAAAUCUGGGGAUAAAGACAAACAACAACAGGAUCACUAUGCAUUAUUGGGGUUGAGCCAUCUUAGGUAUCUUGCUACGGAAGAUCAAAUUCGUAAAAGCUAUCGUGACGCUGCCUUGAGGUUUCAUCCGGACAAACAAGCUGCUCUUCUACUUGCCGAGGAAACUGAGGCUGCGAAGGAGGCUAAGAAGGUUGAAAUAGAAACUCAUUUCCUGGCAAUCCAGGAGGCAUAUGAAGUGUUGGUUGAUCCCACCAAGAGAAGAAUUUAUGAUUCUACCGAUGAGUUUGAUGACGAGAUUCCAACCGACUGUGCUCCACAAGACUUCUUCAAGGUGUUUGGUCCAGCUUUUAUGAGGAAUGGGCGGUGGUCGGUUACUCAACCAAUUCCAUCAUUAGGUGAUGAUAAGACUUCAAUAAAGGAAGUUGACAGUUUCUACGAUUUUUGGUAUUCCUUUAAAAGCUGGAGAGAGUUUCCCCAGGAGGAUGAGUGUGAUCUUGAUCAAGCUGAAAAUCGAGAGCAUAAAAGGUGGAUGGAAAGGCAGAAUGCAAAACUUUCGGAAAAAGCUAGGAAGGAAGAGUAUGUACGGAUCCGCACACUUGUUGAAAAUGCUUAUAAGAGGGACCCUAGAAUAUUGAGAAGAAAGGAAGAGAUAAAGGCUGAGAAGAAAAGGAAAAAAGAGUCCAAGUUCAUGGCAAAGAAGUUGGAGGAGGAAGAAGCAGCCAGAAUUGCUGAAGAGGAGAAAAAACGAAAAGCAGAGGAAGAUAAAAAAGCUGCUGAAGCUGCUUUGCAACAGAAAAAGGUGAGGGAGAAAGAGAAAAAGCUCUUGCGGAAGGAGCGGACACGCCUUCGAACUCUCUCAGGACCUAUCUCGUCACAACACAUAUUUGAUAUUUCUGAAGACAAUGUAGAAGAGCUUUGUAUGUCAUUUGAUAUUGAUCAGUUGAGGGGUUUGUGCGAGAAAAUGGAAGGCAAAGAGCUGUUAGAGCAGGCAGAAGCUCUAAGAGAUGCAGUGAGUGGCAAGAAACAUGUUGUUGAUGAAAAAAGUAAUCAACAAAAUGGCACUGUCAAGGCUAAUGGAAGCAGUAGUUCUCUAGCAGGCUAUGCAGAGAAGAAGGAGAAACCUUGGACUAAAGAAGAGAUCGAGCUAUUGAGGAAAGGAGUGCAAAAGUUUCCCAAAGGAACUUCAAGGAGAUGGGAGGUUGUUUCAGAAUACAUUGGCACUGGAAGAUCUGUUGAAGAAAUAUUGAAAGCUACUAAAACCGUUCUCCUCCAGAAGCCCGAUACAGCCAAAGCUUUUGACACAUUUCUUGAGAAAAGGAAACCUGCUGCACAAUCAAUUGAAUCUCCACUGUCAACCAGAGAAGAACUGGAACGGGUAUCAAUACCAGCAACAACACCCGAAAAUAGUGCUGCCUUCUCAACAACAACAACAACACCACCAACACCAACACCAGUGGCAACGACAAAAACAACACCAACAGCACCAACGAUGACGACAACUACAGCAACAAAAAACAUCAUCAACUCAGAAGAAUCUCAAGGAGUUUCAGAACAGGAAGUGUGGUCUGCAGUACAGGAAAGAGCACUAGUUCAAGCUUUAAAAACCUUUCCAAAGGAAGCUAACCAGAGAUGGGAACGAGUAGCUGCAGCUGUACCUGGGAAGACUGUGAACCAAUGCAAGAAGAAAUUUGCCAUGAUGAAGGAAAAUUUCAGGAACAAGAAAACUGCAGUUUGAUUUAUCAUUCAUAGACCAAAUCUGUUGAAUUUUUCCCUCUCUUGCUUUUUAAAUUUUAUAACUUAACAGAGUAUGGGCUGCUGCUCAAUCGUAGCUAGGCAUCUUGAUCAUUAUUUAAACCAAUAUUCUAUCAUAGCACCGGAUAUAUGUACCAUUUUUGUCUUGAAAGAGAGUUUUGUUUUUUAAAUUUGUUUUGUCUCAUAGUUGUCUCCAGCAGAAAGGAUGCAUUUAUCGUUUUUAUAGUUGCUUCUAUAUCUUUAUCUUCAUAUUUAUAAAAGUAAUCGAGUUUGAAGUUUCCAAUGCAA